CUAGAAAGUUAUUCUUUUCGACUACUGGAUGGAUUAGAGAGUGCAAAAUCUCCGGCAGACGUGUUAGCGACACGAGAACUCGUCAUUCGAAUGAACCCGGGUGACUUGCGCACCCACAAAAUCAAUGCACCGGCCCUCGAGCUGUGGCAGUGCGGCACCGCCGAGACAGGACGUGCCCGUUGUGCCGUCAAACUCGUGUAAAAUAAAAAAUUUACCAGGCAAAUUAGCGUUAUUUCGUGGAUAUCAAUAUGUGAAUAUUGAGGAGAAAAUGCCGUCGAGGGAAGACAUGGAUAUGUGCACAGACAAGGUGCUGUCCAAGGGGAGAAUCCUCCAGGAGCUCACCAAAGCUGUCAAAUUGGUGUACGCCCAGAGUCUCCAUGGCUCAGUGGUGUUGGACGGUGAUUCCUGGCUCGUGUACUGGCUUGAUCGUGCCCUGCGCCACGGAUUACGAGUCGAGAGACACGGAUAUUGGGGAACAGUGCGUGAGCUCAGUCACCAGGACACAAUAGUCGUGAUUCACGCUCUGCAGAGUGUCCUGACAUCGAUUGGAAAAGGACGAGCCUGGCUGUAUCACACUCUGAGUGAGGGAAGCUUCGAGAGUUAUCUGGCUUGCUUCUUGAGGGAUACAGUCACCCUGAAGAAGCAGUAUUUCCCCCAUGCUCUUGUGCGAGACGCUGACAAGACUCAUCAAUUGAUUAAUCUACUAGCUGGCCUAGAGAAUGUUUCUUUCACUCUUCAAUUGGAUGUCACAUACCUGGACAUCUGCAACUACAUGCCCCAGCGUCCGAUGAGUGGUUCCCCCUCCGGGACCGCUCUAUCCCUCCACCUGCGCUCCUCCAGCGUGACCUCAAGCCUGGCCUCCCCAGGCGACUCCGGCGUCGCCCUGGACAGUGACAUAGAGGGUGCAAACGAAACCGACGCAAGUAGCUAUAAAGAGGAGGACUACUCCAUGGAGGACAUUCCAAAAUACCGCACCAUCAAAUACAAAUCAAUCAUGACAUGCCCCCAGGACAAUAAAAACCUCGACCGCUCGUUCUCCUCAAGUGACUCAAGCGAAGACGGUAAGACCCCAGUCCACUCGCCCUCCCUGAAAUCCAAGUUUCCACACCCAGGAAUGACAAAGAGCGACAUUGCCAAUCAGAAUAUCACGACGAAGAUGGAUGAUAACGAGUUAAACUGCUCAAGUUUGGACACACUGAAGGAUUACAACAUCUACAGCAAAAGUUUGGACGAAUCACGUCUCGACAAAGUCAACAAUGAGAUUGAUAAUGCAUCAAAGGAUUACAGCAAACGGAGUAGUUACUACGCCGACGGCUACAGCUUCAAGAAGAGCGUUGAUCCACGUAACUCGUACGUCAUCAACAAUGACACGAAUCUGUUGGAGCUCAGCAUGACAAUAUCGGACUGCGACUGCUGCACAGAGACCCCCUACAGCAUUCUGAACACAAUAAACAUGACGGACACGAGUAUUCUGUCGUCCUCCGGCUCCGAAGCAGUUGUGCAGCGUCGUCAGAGGAAGAAGAAGCGCGGAGAAGCGAAGAAACGCGUGAGCUUUCACGAGGACAUCUUCAAGACGAUGAAGCUCGACGACGACGAGAACUUCGCCGACUUCUCCAUGAGCUUCGUUCCCCCGAACUCAGUACAGAAGAAGGACGCGCAGAAGGGGAGAUACAGCUGGUGUGGCAACGGGGAUUCCCCGUACGUUCAAAAAUCCAUAAGCACCAGAAAAGCGAACUCCGAUUACUACUCGUCGUCGUCGUCCGGGAGUGUCUUCGACAGUGACUACGGUUGCAAAUCACUGGCGAAGAUCUGCGACCGUGCAAUUUGCCAGAAGAACUCUCGGUGCACGUGUGGGCCGUCGAUGUCAGAGCGAGGAGUGCCAGAGGGACAAGAAGAUCCUGGCAAGAAUUUCAAACCAAAGAUGGAGAUUGAACUUGAGGAGAACGAGGCACAGGAGGCGUACAUCGUCGAGAAGAAGUGUGGCUACAUAAUUGAAGAUCCACCGGUGGAGCUGGAGAGCCCGACGCCACCGCGAAACUCGAAAUACACGAGCUCCAGUGAUUGGUCUGAUGUCGACAGUAUGACAACAUCAACGGAUUUGGAGGAGCGUCGUGGCUCUCGUCACUUGGCGUCACCCUUUAAGAAGCGAAACGUGACAUCUGUAUUGCCGGGUGACAGUGGUAGACUCGGUGUGUCAACUAUGCGCCCAGCUACCUCGAGUACCUCAUUACUGAGCCGAUUUUUACGAUCAAUAACUGAACGUAAAUUCGAGAUAAAGAGGAACAAAAAGCCACCAAAACCAAGUACACUGUACAUCAAAGGGGCGAAGGCCGAUUACGACACAUUCAAAGAUUUCAACGACAACUUGGAGAAGGAGAUACAGGAGAACAUUGUUGCUGAGAAGCAGGAGUUCAGUGGUGAAAAAAUAAGUCUCAAACUCCGUGAAAUAUUCAAGCGUCACAUCUACAGAGACAAAACAGAGGAAUUGUACAAAGUAUACAAGAUUCGGAGCUCUUACAUGAACAACGGUGACAGUAAGCCAAUGCUAGCUCUGCUGACCGACAAAACCCUGUACUUGACUGGUACAAAGGGGGACAACAGCUACAGCAAUCAAUUCGUUAUACCGUACAAUGAACUUGACGUUAUAAUGAUCGGGCCUAAUGCACAAACGAUUUUGAUAUCAAACGCCGAUUAUGAGAUGCAGUACUUGUUCUCAACGGGCAGUUCGCAGACGACAUCGGAGUUGAUAUCCCAUUUGGAAAUGGCAAUGAGAAGGUCACCAUCAAAGCCACGAUUGCCAGCUGUUAAGGAAUUGAGUUACGACGAUAUGCACAGUUUGAAGCACUCUAUAUUAACGGAAACAGCUGUGCAUUGUGACGAGAAAAUUGAACACUACAGCUUGAUAUACAUGGAGGACGAUCAUAUAUCACCACCGAGUACACCGUGUGGCCCGACUAAAGAGGGCGAUCUUAUGUUCAGACCCCAUUCUUAUCAGGCACAUCCCAAUGCACCCACUAAUGCCUGGGAGGCUGGGUAUUUUGUUCUCAAAGGUGGUGUUGUUUACAUGUUCACUGAUUCAAGCCAGAGACUACCUAAACGCGCUAUACCAUUGAAGGGGGGCUUGUGUCAGGGCUGCAGACGUAUACCAAAUUCACACAGGCCUCAUACGUUUGAGAUACUACUUAAACCUAAUAAGUCGUUUCAGUUUGCUGCACCUGAUGAGUAUGUGGCAAGCGAGUGGCUACAGAGUUUUGUGCAGAGUGCCUCGGGGCUGUUUGACACCAAUGAGACAAGUAGUCCCAUGCCGUGUAGUCUUAUUGCUACAACAAACCAUCUUGUUGCUAUGAAGGAAGUUUUCCCGGGGACACAGAGGGGACAGACUUUAUCUUGUGCUUGUGUCGAGGAUCUUACCGCGUUUAGGGUGCCUCUGGCACAACAGUCUUGGUGCAUUUUGGAAUUUGCUUGUCGGGAGGUUCAUGAGAGCAGCGGUGAUUGGGUGAUUUAUUUUACGAAUUACACUGAACUUUGCGCCUUUCGAGAGGUUUUAGAAACACUUUGGGCUGAUGCCAAUUUGGGUGAAUUUCCCAUGGUAACGCUUCCACCGGAGAACAAACUCCACCGAAGAUGCUCAGACGCUAGUAAAGAUCUCGAGCAUGCAUGGAAACACCUAUUACCAGUAUCGCACGAAUGAGUCGAGUAAAUUCCCACAUAAUCGCCCCAGCAAUUAAUUAACCAUUAAAAUCCAAUAAGCGCUACUUGAGUUUUGAGAUCGUGAGGAGCCCCCGACUUCCUCAUAUGUAUUCCCAGCAUAUCAGUGGAGCUCAUUUCCAACCAUAUAAUAUAAAAAUGAGUGGCUUACUUCUCUUCAUUUCCAACAUUCGCAAACAAAAAAUGCAAAUAACUUAUUUUCGGAGUAAAAGGGGAAGAAAAUACUCGGGCUCCUCUGAUCUCAUAGUUACGACGUAGAUAUAUAUAUAUAUUUGAAUGCGAAACUGGUGCAAUAUAUAAUCAUUUGCAGAGGGGUUUAAAGUGAAAUAAAAAUAUAUGAAGCCCUGAGAUUAUGAAGGAUAUUAUUUACUCAAGCCAGGAAAAGGAGUGGCAGAAGGAAGAAGGAAUAAAGAAUAUUAAGUCAGGGGCAAUAUGAAUAUAUAUUCGUACUCUUAAAUUUUUUUUCUCAUAGAUUUAUAAACGUGAUUAAAUUAAUUUAUGAUGGAAAGACUGUUGAGCAAUGGAAUGUUCCAUUGGUAAUUGAGGGGAGGAGGAGAAUUGUAAUCGUAUGGAUGUCUACAAUAAUCAGCAUAAUAGAGAGUGUGUCGAGAUAUUAAUGAAAAUUGCACAGCAUGCAUCUGAUCGUGUUACAUCAUUCGGAGAGCAUCGUGAAAUUGGCGGAUAAUAAUAGAAAAUCUCCACUUUCUCUUUAUUAUUCGAUACAGAAUAGAAGUGACAAAUUAUCAUUAAGUUUAUUCGAGUAUUUUCUUAUGCAGUUACUUUGUCAGAGAAGUAAAUGUUCAUUUUCUAUGAAUACCAUUGCGAAUAACGAUGGAUUAUGUAUUGUAAGAAAUUGUGGUGCUUCAAUCAGUGUCAACGUAUACUCAGAUAUGAUAAUUGAAGCCAAUUAUUAUGCUUACGUUGCUCAUUAUUAAUUUUAGUUUCAAUGUUAUUUUGUGUUUACGCUAGGGCUACACGAUAUUUUUUACCGCAAUUAUUUUUUAUCCUGGUGGCAGGUCAGUGCAGCCAGUUAUUAAUUUGUGAAUAGUCGGAGAAUAAGAGUAACGAAAAUUAAUGGUAAAAUGCAGCUGUUGCAAAAUUGUGAUAGAAGCGGUAGUGCGUAGAGAUGGAAAAACAAAAAAAGUCCAUUGUACACAUAAAAGUUAUUACUUUAUGGUAUUUAAAAUAUUGGAUCAAUUGUGAUUUAUAUGAAUUGUGUGGACGUACAUGUAUUGUAGCUAACGUUCGGUUUUUUUUUCGUUUUUGUUUACCAUUUUUUUCUCGUUUGUUUUUAACGUAGUAAUUGGUGUGAACGAGCACUCGGGUUCCAUAACAGUUGGCGAUUGUAGUGCUCUCGUUUUCACGGCAAUAAAAACACCAUUUUCGGCAGUCAAAGGGGUUCAUUGAAGAAUUGAGUUUAAUGAUAUAAUAUCACGUGAAAUAGUUACCAAAAUGAAUUGUACAAGCUAGUCAGGUGAAUAAAAUGCAAUUUUAUCUUCAA